AUGUCCAUUCAAUUAACAAAAAUUUAUGAGCAAAGGAUGAAUUUUGAUUUGCGUAUUCUGCUUGGAGGUAUUGAGCCUUUCUUGGAUAAGCUUGCGAAUUCUAUGAGCGAUGAACCGGACCUUUUAUAUUCCAAGUUAAUAACAAAUUUUAAGCUAAUAACCUUGUUGAGACUUAAAAAACACAGUCUUCAUUCAGCAGAUCUUCACUUGGUUUUUAACAUUGUAAAUGGUCCUUCAACUUUCGUUCGGUUGAAUCAUGGACUCCAAUAUGUCUUCCAAAGUUUAACAAUAAAGGAUUCCUCCACGCAUACGUGUGCUAUAUUACCGCAAACAUUUCCAUAUACAGUAGUUGGUCAUUUAUAUGUUUUGAUUUGUUUGUUUUUAGCAACUCACCGCUUACGAUGCAUAGAAGCACCUUACAAAGCAAAUCGUACAUUUAUUAAUUUUUUUAUACCUUGUUUACGACAUUUUAUAUACCAAUCAAAGACGUGUUUACAAUACACAUCACCUGCAUUUUUGGCAUCAUAUAAUAAUCCUCUACAUUAUUAUGUGAGUCCGUCAGAAACUAUAUUAGGAUGGGUAACAGCAACAUUUGAAUUAUACGCUGCGUUUGGUCCAUUAAUAUCGAAACAACAUUGA